AUGGCGACUUCCCAGCUUCUAGUGCCCACCCCGCCAACAGCUAUUGUCUGCGUAGGCAUGGCAGGAAGCGGAAAGACGACUUUCAUGCAACGCAUCAACAGCCAUCUCCACGCCCAGAAAGAACCUCCAUAUGUAAUCAACCUCGAUCCGGCAGUCCGCAAUGUUCCCUUCGACAGUAAUAUCGACAUUCGCGAUUCGGUGAAUUACAAGGAGGUAAUGAAGUCCUACAAUCUUGGUCCCAAUGGCGGCAUCCUGACAUCACUUAACUUGUUCGCAACGAAAAUUGAUCAAAUCCUUGGACUGUUGGAAAAGCGCACGACACCAGAUCCUGCGAAACCUGACGCAAAGACUAUAAAGAGCAUAUUGGUGGACACACCUGGUCAGAUUGAAGUGUUUGUAUGGAGCGCUUCUGGUGCCAUCUUGUUGGAUUCUUUGGCGUCGACAUUCCCAACGGUCAUCGCAUAUAUCAUCGACACUCCACGAACUGCUUCUACAAGUACCUUUAUGAGCAACAUGCUAUAUGCUUGCAGUAUUCUCUACAAGACUAAGCUUCCUAUGAUUCUGGUUUUCAACAAAACAGACGUCAAAGAUGCCGAGUUUGCAAAGGAGUGGAUGACAGACUUUGAAGCUUUUCAGGCAGCUUUGAAGGAAGAGGAAGAGUCUGGCAGCUUUGGUGGAGUUGAAGGUGGGAGUUCGGGGGGUGGAAGUGGUUAUAUGGGCUCUUUGCUUAACAGUAUGAGCCUAGUGUUAGAGGAGUUUUACAGUCACUUGAGUGUGGUUGGAGUGAGCUCCAUGACUGGAGCCGGGAUCAAAGAGUUCUUCGAAGCUGUACGAGACAAGACCGAGGAAUUUGAGCGCGAUUAUAAGCCCGAAUUGGAGCGAAGGAGGAUUCAGAGGGAAGCUGAAAAGCUGAAGAACAGGGAGAAAGAAUUGGGCAAGUUGAUGAAAGAUAUGGCGGUUUCUGGGGAGCCUUCUUCUACGAAGUCGGCGACGAAAACACCCGACAUGGAUACUUUGAGCGACAUGGAGGAUUCCGGCGACGAUGAUGGCGAGGAUCAGACUGGGGAAGGUUUGACCUCAAGAUACAAACAAGCUCUGGAAGAAUCUGGCCCAUAUGCGUCAACGAAUGAGGAUCAUAGCUUCACAAGAUAUCUUCGAGCAAGUCAGAUGAACAUGUAG